AUGAGAAUCAUAUGGUUGCCGUCAUUAAUUUGCAUCCUACUCAUCAUCUUUUUGCUAGAUGCUAAUCAUAUGGUUCGCCUGGUUACUAGUGAAGAGGUUAAGUUGGCUAUGUUUUCCAUUGGCAAUGAUAAAGCUCCGGGCCCUGAUGGAUACACGGCUGCAUUUUACAAGCAUGCGUGGCAGAUUAUUGGCCAAGAGGUGUCGAGUGGCAUCAUUGAUUUUUGCAGGUCUGGUAAGUUUCUUAGGGAGCUCAACAACACGUUAAUUGUUCUUAUUCCGAAGAAGCCUACUCCGUCGACUGUCACGGAUUAUCGUCCUAUAGCAUGUUGUAAUGUUUUUUACAAGUGCAUUAGUAAAAUUAUUGCGGACCGUAUAAAGAAUUACCUGAAUCAGAUUGUCAGUAUUAACCAGUCCGCAUUCGUUCCAGGAAGGAAAAUUUCAGAUAACAUCUUGCUUACGCAAGAAUUGAUGCAUAAUUAUCACAUGAAUAAUGGUCCUCCGAGAUGUGCUUUUAAAGUUAAUAUCCAGAAAGCUUAUGAUACAGUUGACUGGAGAUUUCUCAAGCAGGCUUCUCAGUUGGAUUCUUCGUUUGGAUUUCACAACAAGUGUGAAAAGCAAAAUAUUAUCAAUCUCUGUUUUGCAGACGACUUGUUUUUAUUUGCUCGGGGUGAUGUUCGGUCAGCUCAAUGUAUCAUGGAGUCGCUUACUCGAUUCUCUAGCAUGUCCGGCUUGGUCCCUAGCAUCCAGAAAAGCACAACUUUCUUUUGUAAUGUCUCAUCUCAUGUGAAAGAUGCUAUUUUGGAUAUCAUGCCAUUUAAGGAGGGUCUGUUACCGGUCAAAUACUUAGGGGUACCCCUUAUUUCAUCGAGGCUUCAUGUAAAAGAUUGUAGUGUUCUUCUUGAACGGUUGGAUCAAAGGAUUAUGAAUUGGAAAAACAAACUUUUAUCCUUCGCGGGCAGACUUCAACUAAUUAUAUCGGUCUUGUCGUCUAUGCACGUUUACUGGGCUUCGGCUUCUAUUUUACCCACUCAGAUUUUAAAUGACCUGGAGGUGAGAAUGAGGAACUUCUUAUGGUCUCAGGAGGGUUCUUUUCAUAGAGGGAAAGCCAAAGUUUCGUGGAAAGCUAUUUGUGUGCCUAAAUAUGAAGGUGGUCUUGGUAUUCGUCGGGUCGGAGAUGUAAACAAGGCCCUCAUGGUUUCUCAUAUAUGGAGUAUUCUUAAGAAGAGAGAUUCUCUGUGGGUGCAAUGGAUUUACUCGUAUCGUCUUAAAGGCCGGAGCUUCUGGGUUUGCAAGGAUAUUACAAAUUGCAGCUGGAGUUGGAGGAAAAUCCUUCAACUGCAGCCGCUGGUUAAGGAGCAUAUCUGGACUUCUUUGGGCGCUGGUAAUACUAUUUCAGCCUGGUAUGACAAUUGGUGCCAUCUUGGUCCUCUUUCAAGUUUAUUAUUUCCUCGGGUUAUUACUAGUGUAGGGUUUCGGUUGGAUGCAAUGGUUUCGGAUGUAUAUAGAGAUGAUUCUUGGGCAUGGCAGGCUACUUGGAGGGAUUUAUUUCCGGUAUGGAACUUGGUCCGAGUUAAGGUUGAUAGGGAUAAUGCAGAGCCUAAAUGGGCUUCGAUUGUCAAUUGGUUGAUGGCGAGAAGUCAGUCAAAGACGACAGCUAACUAUGUGACUCGUGUGUUUGUAGGUGCGACAGCUUACAUUAUUUGGCAAGAGCGCAAUGCUAGACUCUUUAAAAAUCAAACACGUCCACCGGAUUCCAUAUGUAACAUAAUCCUAAAGACAGUUCGAUACAAAUUGAUGGGAGUGAAAUUCAAACCUUGUGCGAAUAUGUUAGUCUACUCGUUGUCUUUUGUUUUUGAUGAUGAUGAAGAAGACGAAGAUGACAUUGAUGGUGAGUUAUGUAUCAGAGAUUCAGAGCAAGCCCUAACCCUAGAUUUCAAUAUUGUCAUCCAAGCAAGGCGUAGCUUUGUUUUCCCAUCGUUUCUUGCUUUAGAUAUUGCAAGCCAUUGGUUGCCAAUGUACAGGUCUGUAGCAACUUUAAUGGGAGUAUCCGUGAAUUGGGGAUUCACAAGAAGGAAAGGAGUCGGGUGGAAAUCGGUUGGUGUUAUUUCAAAGGAUUCUACUUGGGCUCCAAGCGCGCGAUACAUCAAACUUCUUCAACGAAAAGAUCAGCAAAAAGAUGCAGUAAGGUUGCAAGUUACUUUAACUAAUAAUAACUUUUCACAUUUAAGAUCAUGUUUCUUUAAGUAG